GUGAUGCGCAAAUAUUUCUUUCAGGUUAACGAUACUCUUUGUGGAGCAGGAAGGAGUCCAUAGUCCUUUCUUCACUGACCCUUCACUGAAUUCAAAACUUGGGGCCGUGAGGGAAAGGCGGAGAAACACGGGAUGGCCUAUAGAAUAGCAGUUAGUAGUUAAUGAGACAUGGGUAUCUCCUGGGCGCCCUGUAAGAAAUACGCCCAGAGAGCCUCCUGGAAAUCCUUACUCUGUAGAUUCAGGGUAGGACCCACGUUUCUCUUUUUAACAAAAAAGAGUGGUGGCCUCUGGUUGGAGAGCCGCAAACCCGGCUAUCGCGUCUAACGUGGGAGUUGCUCCCAGGUCCCAGCCGGCGCUGGGAGCCGGCUGGGGGAAUCCUCCACUCACGUCAGCGACGCACAGAGAAGCUUCCAUGAGACGCCAGCAACCUCACUCCGCUCAAUUCUCUCCGGCCUCCAGGGCGCAGGCGCCGCUCGCCCCGCCCCGCACGCAGGAUUGAUUGCUCCUUGCGCGGUGGCCCGUCUGCGCAGGUCGCCUGGGCGUCACUGCGCGGAGUGGGAAUGCCCGAUGUCACCUAGCUUGCUCCCUGCUCUCUGAGCCGUAAGGGAGGACCUCAGGGCUGCGGCUGCAGGACAGACAUUUGGACCUAGUGAAAGGACGUCGCCGCUUAGCCCCAGCUAUGGACUCCACAGCAUCAGGUUUGGCUCUCGAGGGUGGAGAGGGCCAGAAGCCCUUCUGGGGAGUUAGUCGCGGGCCAAGGAGGAGGACGACCCUAGGAAGAGGCCGAGGAAUCCAAGGAAGGGGCAGAGCCUGUAACCGCCUUCCCUGUGGCAUUUCCUAAUUAUCCAAGCCCAGGAGCGUGAAGUCUCCGUAUCCAGACACCAUGGUAGAGGUGGAGGGGAUGGCCGCGGAAGACUUCCCAAAAGCCAGAGGAGAGCGGGGAGGGCUCUCCUGUGUGGGAGGGAGAGGGUAAAUAAUAAACAAACCUGUGAAGGAGUGGCCUUGGCCAGGGAUCAGAGGGCAGUGGGGCCAUUUAGAGCCUUGCCACCAUUUCCUUUAUUGCUUCAUUAAGUAAUAGGAUUCCUCCAGCCUUUCUAGCUCAACUGUGUAGAAGAUUAGCAGUAUACAUGGGGGGUACUUCCUGUAGUCACCUCUUCACUAGUGUUGGGGACAAGGCAAUCCAGGUGACCCAUGAGUUUUUAAGCCAUUUCUUUCUAUGUUUAGAAUCUUCUGUCCUUCACCAAGUGGGCAUUUUAACUUUUCGUUCUUCAGCGCACAUGCUCAAGGUCACAAGACUGGCCAGUGGCAGAACUGGGCCGAAUCUCUGGGACUACCACCCCCUCUGUAUUCCUUUAUGCCUUGUAUUCUGUAGACUAUAGCACAGGAAUCAUCUCAAACUCUUUAGAAAUGCAGACUCUCAGGCCCUACCCCACAUACACUGAAUCAGAGUCUGUUUAACAAGAUCCCCCAGAAUCCAUACGCAUUAACGUUUGAGAUGUGCUGACCUAUGCUAUGCCAUGCUGCCUGCCAUUUCCAUGCUUUUGUUGUUGUUAGCUAUGAUAACUUCUUUGGCAUGGUUGCGGCUAGUGUUUUGUUUGUUUUCAGGCUUUGAAAAUAGUAUGAUAUAAAAACCCUAUUAUAGUGGGACUUAAAAAGUAUGCUUGCAGAGACCUAUGCUUGGGAACUUCUCAGGGAGAACUGACCUUUGAGCUGGGUUCCCAAGGAUGAGGGGAAAGGUGUAACUUCUUUCCCUUAAAGUGUAUAUAUUUCUUGGCCUUGCCCUGGGCCUUGUUUUGUGUUCUUAAUCUCAUACCAUAGGCUAUAUUUAAAGUUCCUUGAAAGUCUUCUCCAUGUUGAUAUUUUUAAAAGGCCUAGUAGAGGAGAUGCCCAGUAAGUAACUCUCCAGUGGAGUGGCUGGAAUUUGGUGAUACUUCAGUUACCUGAAGCCUGCGGUGCCCUUUGGACAGGAGAGGUGGGGGAGGGCUUGUGCAAUUCUGUCUCCUGUAGGAUAGCUAGAGGCUGCCCGUCAGCUCCCUUUGACCCAGCCCUGUCCCCAGAACCACUGAGGUGACAUACUGACUCUUCAGGGGUUUCCAGCUUGGGGCAUCUGGGAGCUGCAAAGGCCAUAAGGGUUAGCCUUCCUUAUGGCUCCUUUUACCUUCUUAGUUCUCCCUUCUCAGGACCCUGCUCUUUCUCCAGAGAGAUACCCAGGAGAAAAGGGAACAGCCAGUUUAUUCCUGAAAGCCAGGCCCCAGGAUCUGAUGACAUUCAAGGAUGUGGCUGUGGAAUUCACCCAGUGGGAAUGGGGGCAGCUGGAUCCUGCUCAGAAGGACCUGUACAGGGAAGUGAUGCUGGAGAACUUCAAGAACUUGGCCUCUCUGGGGCUUCCAGUAUCUAAACCAUAUGUGAUCUGCCAGUUGGAGGAAGGGGAAGAGCCCUGUGUGGUAGAGGGAGAAAUCUCAACAGACUGGGAGAAAAGGCCUAAAGCCAAGGAAUCAAGACUAAAUCAGGAUAUUUCCAAAGAGGAAUUAUUCCCCAUAGCAUCAGUAGAAAAACACAUCAGAGAUGAACUCUCCUUCUGCAAACUGAAAGCAAUUUGUGGUUGUGAUGACCAGUUAGAGAUACAUCCAAAAAAACUGGAGAGACAUCCGAAAGAAAUGUCAGUCACUCACAAAUCUACUACCACCCUUAGGAUAGAUCGUGAAUGGAGUGAUUUUGGGAGAAGUUUAGACUUAAGAUCAGUCCUUUUUAACCAACACAAUGUUCCCAUAGGAGAAGGAUCUUAUAAAUCGGACACAGAAUUCAGACAGACUUCAGGAAGAAGUAACUCCCGGAGAACCCAUCCAGGGAAGAAGCCUUGUAAAUGUAACGAAUGUGGGAAGUCUUUCCAUUUCCAGUCAGAACUUAGGCGCCAUCAGAGAUGUCACACUGGAGAAAAGCCCUAUGAAUGCAGUGAAUGUGGGAGAGCUUUUGGUCAUAUUUCAUCCCUUAUUAAACAUCAGAGAACUCAUACUGGAGAAAAGCCCUAUGAAUGCAGCGAGUGUGGGAGAGCCUUCAGCCAGAGUUCAUCUCUUGUUCUACAUUAUAGAUUUCAUACUGGAGAGAAACCUUACAAAUGUAAUGAAUGUGGAAGAGCCUUUGGUCAUACUUCAUCCCUUAUUAAACAUCAGAGAACUCAUACUGGAGAAAAGCCCUAUGAAUGCAGGGAAUGUGGGAGAACCUUCAGCCAGAGUUCAUCUCUCAUUGUACAUUAUAGAUUUCAUACUGGAGAGAAACCUUACAAAUGUAAUAAAUGUGGGAGAGCCUUCAGCCAGAGUUCAUCUCUCACUCAACAUUAUAGAUUUCAUACUGGAGAGAAACCCUACAAAUGUAAUGAAUGUGGGAGAGCCUUCGCUCAUACCGCAUCCCUUAUUAAACAUCAGAAAAGUCAUGCUGGAAAAAAGGCUGUAUGAAUUCAGUGAACGUAGGAAGGCUUUCAGCUGGAGUACACACACGAUUCACAUGACACACAUUGGCGAGAGCUCCUAUAAGUGUAACGUAUGUGCGACGACUUGGUUGGAAGACAUCUUAUUUAACAUCAGACAGUACACGCUAAAGAGACGCUCUGUCAAUGUUAAGAGAGAAGCUGAGCUUUGAAUCACACUAUCAAACAGCAGAGAAUCCAUCCUAGUGAGAAACCAAGUAUGUGUGAUGGAUUUGGAAAGGCUUUCGUCAGAGGAUACCCAUUAUUCAACGUCAGACAGUUUCUACUGGCCAGAAGCCUUAUUCAUGCAAUGAAUAUGGCACAGCUUUCAGUCACAUAUUGUUCAAUCAAUCAAUCAAUCAAUCAACCAGUAAGUAAAUAAAUAUCAGAUAACUCAUACGGGAGAGCAACUACAAGUGUGGUAAAAGCCAUCUGUAAUACUUCUUCCUUUACUAAGCACCAAGAACACAUAUAAAAGGGAAGCCCCCUGAAAGCAGUAAAUGUGGGAAGGUCUAUCAGAGCUCAUCUCUUCAAAAGAAUCAGAGAAUCAUUCUUGAGAAAAACACUAUGGAAAUGGUGAAUGUGGGAGUGCCUUUAGCCAAACCUCUUUCCUUUAUAAACAUCAGUGAACUCACCCUACUAGUUAGAAAUCCUGGGAAUGCAAUGCAUGUGGGAAAGCCUUUGACAGAUUUUCCACCCAUUUUGCACAUCAGGGAAUGUGUACUAGAGUGACUCUUUGAACUUGGUGAAACUAGGAAAACCCACUAGUAUAGUUCAGGCCUCAGCAUACAUUAAGGCUUCACUCCUAGAGAAACCUGGGAACUUAAUGGAUGUGGGGAAAAUUCCUUUCAGACUUGAGAUUCAUAAAACAAGAGCUGAAAGGAAUCUGAGAAAUCACCUCGUCUGGUGAUUUUCUACCUGGUAGGGGCUCUUUAUAACUGCAAUGUGCUUUGCCUCCCCAUUCGGUGAGCGGAGGGAGGUGUUACCAUGUGGGCGAAGAGAAUGGUGGCUGAGCGAGGUGGAGAGCCACCAGUGAC